AAAAGUGCCAAUUCUCAGUUGCUCUCCAUAAACAGACGAGUAAAGUAAGACUAGCCGGCGUUUUUCUAUAUGUAACAACAACAUUAAAUAAAGAUUCUGUAACAUUUCAACAACUGAUAAAAGAAAGUGCACUCAACACAUAUAAUAGAACGUUACCUGUGCAUAUAUAUUUUUACCCGUAAAAACUGCGCAAAAUGUCCACGAGUGGAGUCUCUAGCAAACUGCUGGUGAGUCUUGGCAUUGGAGUUGGGGUUACUGCCGUGUCAGGAGCUUCCUAUCUGUACUAUAAGUAUUGGAAGCAGGAUGUCAUCCCAGAAGAAUGGCAACGCGUUGGCACAUUGGAAAUGCUCGAAUUCUUUCCCAUGAAAUCUUGUGCAUCACUUAAACUAUCCGAGGGCACUGAACUUUCAUGCGACGUACUCGGUCUGCGCUAUCAGGGUUGUCGUGAUCGUGCAUUAAUGCUCGUGGACAUUGAUAACGUAAUGAUAACAGCGCGCGGUUAUCCUAAGAUGGUCUUGAUUGCCUCUAAACUGGUUACACCCACAAAACUCGAAUUCAAUGCACCCGGCAUGGAAACAUUGGAAUUGGAUUUCAAGAAACUUGUGGAUGAAGCACCAGGUGUAGAUAUUCAUACGUCUGUGUUCGGUGCCAAUUUGGAUGCGAUGUUGUGCGGUGAAAAAUUUGAUAAAUGGUUUUCACGUUAUAUACUUGGACAGGACAGCGGCGUGAAGCUUGUAUAUCACCCGUACCAAAACCCGGUUAAGCCAAUUGACAAAGACAUGGUUAAGGAGCCUCACAUCAAAAAAUCCGAUACGGGGGCCUUUGCGGAUGCCACUAGCUACAUGUUGAUGAAUUUAUCUUCUAUUGACGAUCUCAAUAAACGACUACCGCGACCGGUGAAGCCGAUUCAAUUUCGUGGCGGCUUCUAUUUGAAAAUGGAUAACGGUGAAGCAUAUGCCGAGGAUGCUUACGACUGGAUUAAAAUUGGCAAUGAAGCUGUGUUUCGUAAAGUAGCGCCUUGUCGCCGCUGCAUUUUGCCCAAUAUCAAUCCCGAAACCGGUGAACGCGAUCCAGAGAAUAAUCCUUUGAAAACACUAAAGACGUAUCGCUGCUUCGAAAAUAAGCCGAGUCCUGUACUUGGCAUACAUUUGGGACUACGUCAACCGGGCAAGGUUAAGCGUGGUGAUGUAAUAUACAUAGGUGUUAAAAAAUAGAUGAAAACAAUUUUCACUCUACAUAUUGUCUUUUAUGCACAUAUUUAAUAUACAUACAUACAUGUGCGUAUAUAUUUAUAUUUAUACUUUACUCGUUAAACAAUUUGUUUUGGCUUUAUAAUUUGUAUCGAUUUUUGUAUUGGAUUAAAUACGUAUUUAAUAAACUGUAAAACUUCAGCUAUA